CUUCUCCUACUUUUUUCUCACAUCACAAUAUAAAGAAUAAAGGUUUUUUCUUGGAUGGAGGGGUACUUAUUAAUAACCCAACAAUGACAGCUUAUAUUGAAGCUACACAGUAUUAUAAUGUUGCAAUUGAGAAGAUUUUUAUGCUUUCUCUGGGUACAGGAUGUUAUACGCCAGACCCUUUAAGCCCAAACUUAUAUCUGAACAAACUUUUUUGGCAACAUAAUCAUCAUAAAGUAGCACUGACAGAUAAUAUUGAUUGUCAAAUGCACAAUAAUUUGGGAGAUCGCUAUCAGCGAUGGCAAGUCUGGUUUGAAAACCCAAUAGGAUUAGAUGAUUUUGAAAAUAUUUCUAAUCUCUUAGAGAUAGGUUAUCAAUAUAUAGAAGAGCUCGAUGAUUCAGAUGAGAAUCCUAUUAACAAGUUGGUAGAAUCUCUUCAGAAGUCACAACAUAUUCCUAAUGAGAUUACUGAGAUUACUACUACUACCAACUUUGUUCAAAAAUUUUGA